CAGAUCUGGCGUCCUCAACCAUUCGACGCCACGUUUUCAUUCAAGUCGGGGUCAGGUUUGGGGACGCCGCACGACGACAAGAAACAAGGGCGUUGGUCGCUGAACACUGUCGUCAUUUCUAUAGUGACGGUUUCCGUCGUCGGGGCAACAUCAUCGAUUGGGUUUCCAUCUUCUCUUUCGCCGAAGAAGGAGCCCUCCUCUACCCACUCCUCCACCGAUUUGACCAGGAGACAACUAAUAUGGAAGCAUACACCAAACAAAUGACAAGCUCACUCUUUGAUUCAACCCGGAAUCGUCACCGUCACCGCCUUGACCAUCAUCUUCUGAUGGGGAGUCCAUGGAGGAAGAAGGUUUUUUCUUCUUCACCUUCUUCUUCAGUUCGUUGAGUUUGGGGGUAAAGAAACGGUCUCAUCUCAGGGACGGCGGCGGAAGGUUGGAAAAAACCAUAUUCUCAAUCGGUUGCGGCAACGCUAAAAUGCAAUGGGUUUUAAAAUUUCUUAUUUGUUUAAUUUUUGUUUUUUAUUAAAAAUUCCAUCUGAGCCUUUUUUUUCCAGCCCACUCAGCACUCCUGUUUGCCACGUCAUAAAAAAUCUAACGGUGUUGAUGGAGUUUGACGGAGACUGACGGUCGGUGACUAAUGGUGAAACAAAUCAUAAAGUUAGUGGCUAAUAAGAAAGAAAAAUAAUUCGGAUGACCAAAGUGAAAGAUUUAUGUAAUUCGAGUGACCAACUAUGUAAUUUAGCCAUUAAAAUGGGGGAUUGCUAUUCGUCGCCCUAAAAUAGCAUAUUCGUCGCCCUAAAUCAUAUUGAAUUUACACAAAUGCCCUUAUUUUUUAUUGUUCGGGGGUAUCAUACAGGUUUUCAACACGUCCGGAUAUGCCUCUCUACAUUUUACAAAGCAAGGCAAAUUUCAUACCUUCUUCGAAUGAAAGGAAUCUUAUAUAUGAUGAAUGCUGAAGUUAGUUGAAUAUAAAUCUAGGAACAAUUGAUGUUUUAUUGUUAAUUAUAAAAUGGAACUCGCUUUCUGUUCGAUGACACUCGUAGCAGGUGUACUAAUUCUGCUGCGAAGCGCGACGAAGAUCACACACAAGGCGCAAGCUGUGACGCUCUUGGCUGCUAAGUGGAAUGUUUGUGGCACACUGGAGCGCUUCGGUGCGACCGAAGGCGAGACUCCGACGAGAGAAGGGUCUAGAGUUUAGGUUUGAUUUGGAGCAGGGGCAUAUGUGUCAUUUUAGUGUAGUUUAGGGCGAUAAAAUUUAAACUUUAGGGCGACAAAUAGCAAUUCAGUUAAAAUGAUAAUGAUUAUGGACAUUUCUAGAGAGGCCACAGAAUAUUGAUUUGGCCUAUUAUUGUAGUUGUUUCGUGGGCCUGGAAGCUGCGAUGAGUUUGAAGCCAAUCAUGUUACUUGGGUUAUAGCCUUAUAGGCUCGUAACUUCCAAACGCACAUUUAAGACUCUCAGAAUGUGGUCAUUGAAUUUCCGUAUCCGAUUAUUAUUCUUAAUAUUCUAAUUUUCCGAAGCAAUAUAAUUAUGGUUUUUGGUAUCUCCCAAUCGCUCGAUCCGCGCUGUUAAUUAGCUGCCAGCCGCUUAUUCGACGGAAAUGUAGAAACCGUCUUCUACCCGUCUUUCUUUCAGUCCACCUAAAACUAAAAUACCAACGCAGGCCUAGCCGAUUCUUUCUACCUCCUUAAAUACCUAAUCUCCAGCAAACUAUCAGCCUACUGGCCUUUCCAAUGGCUGAAUUCCAGCUGUUUAUGGAGAGUCUAGACUCUCUUUGGUUCUUCAAUAACGUCCUCUUCUCCUCUCCAGUUCCCACCACAAAUCCAAUCGUAUCACUAGAAUCAGAAGAAGAAGAAGAUUCCCACGAAUUAGAAGAACAAAGCAAUCAAAUUGCAGUAAUCCAGAGCUCUGACGUCAUUGAACACAAGGCAGAUUCCAACCUCAAUUCCCCUGAAGAAGAAAUUGAGCUCCCUGUGACGCCGGUGGUGACGGAGAAGGGAGGAGGAGGAAGCAGGAUAGGAGAGAUAGUAUUCGAGUCAAAGCCGGAAUCACCACUGGAGAGGAGGAAGCGUAUGGCGAGGAGAUCACGGAGCAAGCGCAAGAUAUUGCUGCUGGAGCUCGACCUCUGUUUCGAUGACCUCAACCUUUUAUCUCCUAGCAGCUAUGGCAGGGGAGGCGGCAGCAGCUUUGGGCGAUCGUACGGGAUAAUGGUGAGUCAACGGGAGGAUCUGAGCGAGAUGAACGAUUCGCUGGCGAUGAAACGGCAUCUCAAGUCUUGGGCUCAUACCGUCGCCUGCACCGUUAAGUGAACGGUAGGUAGGGGUUAAAAGGUCUUGAAUGAAUCUUGAUCUAACUAGAAAUGGUCCUCUGAAUCCUUGUUCUGAUUUUUUUCGUUUAGCAGAAUUUUAGCUUAGGUCAGUUUUUUGCUGGAAAGAAUGCGAAGUUCCUAAAUUUGGUUAAACUGACCAAAUGAGCUCUGUUCUUUCUUUCACCUUGUUUUGUUGCACAGUUGUUGAAUUUUCAUUUGUUAUUCCUCAAUAAUUCGUUGAGGGUUUUUUUCUCUAUCUGGAAUCACUGGAUUUUGUUUGUGUUUGAAGAAUCUAACCAUAUCAUGAUGUGAGACGAUUAAAAAACCUGCGACGAUUUUCCAAAAAGAAUAGUAAUGGUUAUUCAACGGUUGGAUAUGAGGAGGAAGGGGGAACCCCAAGGACAUUAAUGGCUAACAAUGGUUAGAUGGAUUGGAUUAUUAAACACGUAAAAUGAAGUGUUACAUCUUUCUUUCUUAUGGAGUUGCGUAAACAGAAACCAAUAAAUGUGUUUGUUGGAGUAGUAAUUAAGAAGUUCUCCGUUGCCAAGUUUGCUUAAUUCCAGGCCAAGCAGAACUUCUCCACCUUUUCAAUUUUGUGCAAGUUUUAGCUUCGGCUGAUUGAGAUGCUUUCAGUUUACAUCUUUCUAUUCAUGGCUCAUGAUCCAUGAUCAUCUAACUGGCUCUAUUAAUAUUGCUAUUAGCUAGCAUGAUUGAUUGAGUCACUAAGUUGAUGUAGUGAGUAAUGACUCAGUUAGUUCGGUUUAUUUGGUUAUAAAGGGAUACCCAAAAUUGUAUCAAUAGAAUGUACAAUAACGGUAUGAUGAUAUAAAAAUUUUACCCUGAUUGAUGAUUUUUUUUUUUAUUUUUUUGCCAAAGUGGCCGAGAGAUAUUUGGUUGGCGUAAUAGGUUACAUAGCAAUCACGUCACGGUACAAUUUUUGGUACUCAAUUAGGGAAAUUUUGCACAAAUCUGUAAUUUUGCAAGUGGGAUUGGUAUCCCUUUUGUUUGAGGAUUGUGACGGUUUAACUUGGGUAAAAAUUUAUGUAAAUUUUGGGUAUUUUACUAUUGGUGAACGAGAUUUGGUUGGUUUGAAGAUUGAACUAUACAAAGAUGUUUCGAAGCUUUGCAUUGGUUGGUUGCCAAGUCUAGUGCCAAAGAAGAAGGCAUGGCAGGGAAGCCCGAAUCUCAAGCUCACGAGUUUCUGUUUAGAAAGUCGUAUAUUAUAUAUAGAAGUCCGGCCAUGCAAUUUGAUGUUGUUGAGACGUCGACGUCAACACAUAUAGUAAUAUAGUUAUGUCGUCGUGUAACCAAACCCACCAACUCCGAUGAGGUCAUAGCUACCCCGUCCACUCUCGUCAAAACCCUUUUCCAAGUUUUCCAUCUUUUUUUAGUAGGCGAGGUUAGCACACAACAAGACAAGAGUUUAGGCCAAGCCGUGAUGCCUUUAUCUUGCUACCUUCUCCAACCAUUCUCAUCGUCGGUGGGGUUUGCUUUUGUCUUUCUCUUGGCUAGCGCUCUCCUUCUGACAGAGAAACAGUAUGGAAGAGAACGAUUGAAAGCGUGAUUUAAUCACUCUCCUUAGAGUGUUUAUUUGCCCCCACUACUUCGUUGCUGGUAGGAUUUAGGCAAACCACCCCCAUGAGUCCCUCCAAUCAAAGUCAGAAAGCAGCACCUUUCGUGACUUCUGUGUUUGUGUUUUUUGAGAAGGAAAAACGAGGAGAGGAAGAUGAACAUUGGAACAGAAAUUCGGCUGCAGACUUUUAUAGUAAAACGGCAGUUCCCUU